UGUGGCAAAGCACUUCCUGGCCUUUCAAAGCAAGAAGACUGCUGUGGAACUGUGGGUACUUCCUGGGGUUUUAACAAAUGCCAGAAAUGUCCCAAGAAGCCGUCUUACCAUGGGUACAGCCCGAUGAUGGAAUGCCCCCAAGGCUACAAGAGGAUCAAUGCUACAUUUUGUCAAGAUAUCAAUGAAUGCCAGUUGCAGGGAGUAUGCCCUAAUGGUGAGUGUUUGAAUACCAUGGGCAGCUACAGAUGUACAUGCAAAAUGGGAUUUGUGCCAGAUCCGACUCUCUCCAGAUGCGUACCUGACAGUCCUAUGGUGGCAGAGGAGAAGGGGCCCUGCUACCGGUUUGUCAGCGCGGGGAAGCAGUGCAUGCAUCCUCUGUCUGUGCAGCUCAGCAAGCAGCUCUGCUGCUGCAGCGUUGGCAAAGCCUGGGGCCCCCACUGUGAGAAGUGUCCCCUGCCAGGAACAGCUGCUUUUAAGGAAAUCUGCCCUGGUGGAAUGGGUUAUACGGUUUCUGGCCCUCACAGAAACAAGCUAUAUCAUCACCCUGCAGUUAGAGUACAGCCACCUGUCAUUGGCAAGACCCCGAUUACUCAACCUGUUGCUAAAGGUACUUCUCCUCCACCUCUCCCAGCAAAGGAAGAGCCAGUGGAGGCACUGACCUUCUCACAGAAAAGUGAGCCUGAGGUGGCUGUGCAAGAAGUGGCAACAGCAGCCCCUGAUCAGGAAUUAGUUUCAUUUGAUCAAGAAAAGCAAAUCCUAGAGCCUGGUCAGCCUCAGCUUUCUCCUGGGAUUUCAACAAUUAACCUGCAUCCACAAUUUCCAGUAGUGAUUGAGAAAACAUCUCCUCCUCUGCCUGUGGAAGUUGCUCCUGAAGUCUCCACUUCGAGUGCAAGUCAAGUAAUUGCACCUACUCAAGUUACAGAAAUCAACGAGUGUACAGUUAAUCCUGAUAUCUGUGGAGCAGGACAUUGUGUUAAUCUGCCUGUGGGAUACACUUGCAUCUGCUACGAGGGAUACAAACUUAACGAUCAGCAGACAAAAUGCUCUGAUAUUAACGAGUGUAAUCAGAUGCCCCAUCUCUGUUCCCUUGGACGCUGUGAAAAUACUGAAGGAAGUUUCCUGUGUAUUUGCCAAGCUGGAUUUAUGGCCAGUGAAGAUGGAACUGACUGCGUUGAUUUUGAUGAAUGUUCAAGACCUCACACUUGUGGGGAAGGCUUCUGUAUAAAUACUGUUGGCUCAUACAGAUGUGAAUAUUGUGACAGUGGAUACCAAAUGAACAGAAGAGGUGAAUGUGAAGAUAUUGAUGAAUGUCAGACCCCAACAACUUGUCCAGAUGCACAGUGCAUUAAUGCUCCUGGCUCUUACCAGUGCAUUCCUUGCAGAGUGGGAUUCAGAGGCUGGAAUGGACAGUGCCACGAUGUAGAUGAAUGUCAGUAUGGCAAUCUCUGUACGAAUGGACACUGUGAAAACAUUGAGGGCUCUUUCAGAUGUACUUGUGGCCAAGGUUUCAAACUCUCUGCAGCAGAGGAUCAAUGCGAAGAUGUAGACGAGUGCCAGCAGCAGUCGCUCUGUGUGAAUGGACGCUGCAGGAACACGGAAGGGUCUUUCAGAUGUAUUUGCAGCCAAGGUUACGUGUUAGCAUCCACUGGAGAUCAAUGUGAAGAUGUUGAUGAAUGCCUUCAAGAUGGUGAUAUUUGCUCAGGAGGAAACUGCGUGAAUACUGAAGGGUCUUAUGAAUGCACUUGUCCAGAUGGUUUCCAGCAGAUAGCCCACAGGGGAUGUCAAGACAUCAACGAGUGCGAGAGGUCGGACCUUUGCUCUCCGCACGGGGAGUGUCUCAACACGGCCGGCUCCUACCGCUGCGCCUGCGAGCGGGGCUUUGCCGCGGCCCCCGACGGCCGCGCGUGCGAAGAUGUUGACGAGUGCACGAACGGCACCGUGUGCGGCAGCCACGGCUUCUGCGAGAACAUGGACGGCUCCUUCCGCUGCCUCUGCUACCAGGGCUACCAGGACGCCCAGGACGGCCUCGGCUGCACGGAUGUGAAUGAAUGUGAGAUGCUGAGCGGUGUGUGUGGCGAAGCCAUCUGUGAAAACGUCGAUGGUUCCUUCCUGUGCCUGUGUUCGGAUGAAAACCAGGAGUAUGAUCCGAUGACGGGGCAGUGCCGCUUCCGCACCCCGCCAG